AUGGUAAACAGACGCCUGAUAACAUUCCUCGAGGAACAGGAGCUUCUCGACCAUCGACAGUUCGCAUUCCGUAAGGGACUCGGCACAGGAAUUCAUCUAGGCUGCCUCGGUGAAACAGUAAGUGACGCCAUAGCCAACGACCUGCAUGCGGACAUUGCCAUCCUUGAUCUCGCCAAGGCAUACAACACGGUAUGGCGUGAAGGAGUACUUCGCCAGCUGCACCAAUGGGGUGUUAGCGGAAACCUUGGCUGCUUCCUCAAACAGUACCUCAGUGACCGAAGUUUCAGGGUGGGCAUUGGAGGUAAGCAAUCGAACCUGUUUCGGGAAACAAACGGCGUCCCCCAAGGGUCGGCCUUGGCAGUCACACUAUUCUUGGUCAGCAUGAAUUCCCUAUUUGCUACGCUUCCGAAAGGUAUAUACGUGUUUGUCUACGCCGAUGAUAUAAUACUUAUUGCUAUCGGAAAAACAAUUGGUCGCACAAGACUGAAGCUACAGGCAGCCGUGAAUGCUGUCGGCCGGUGGGCUGACUCAGUCGGUUUCAGUAUCUCAGCCACAAAAUGCGCUAUUGCGCACUGCUGCAAUUCCAAUCAUGUAGCCACCGGCAGGCCAGUCAAACUUGCCGGAACCGUAAUUCCUUUCCGGAAGGAACCUAAAAUUCUUGGUGUGACUAUCGACCGGAAGAUGACUUUUCUCCCGCACUUCCGGCAGAUGAAAAAGGACUGCGAAAGUAGAAAACGACUAAUUCGCACCAUCAGCUCGCGUCACCCAAAGUGGAAUAGGCGAACCGCACUAAAUAUCAGCCAAGCCCUCAUCCAUAGUCGACUGUUCUACGGCCUCGAGAUAACCAGUCUCAAUUGGGAGGGAUUAGUAGAUAUCUUGUCACCGUUGUAUCACGGAGUAGUCAAACUAUCUUCGAAUCUACUGCCCAGCACCCCUGCCGAAGCCGCCUGCGUCGAAACCGGAGUACUUCCCUGCCGAUGGGCACUGGCGGUAGCUGUCCUGAAACGAGCCGUUGGAUUCCUAGAGAAAACAUCUGGUGAUGGAUGUCACCUUCUACAGACAGCCAAGGACAUCUAUAUCACAUUUACCAAUACCCCUCUCCCUACAAUCGCACAGCUGCAUCGGGUUCGCAACCGCGCCUGGCAUGAGCGUGGCCCAAACUUAGACUGCAGCCUGGCUGUAUCCGCCAGAGCAGGCGAUCCUCCCAGUACUGUCAAAGCUAAAUUCCUCCAAAUGGUUGAACGCAAAUACCCUAAUCAUCUGCACAUUUACACAGACGGCUCGAAACUUAGCGAGGGCGUGGGGGCGGGUGUGAGUGGAAUUGGAGAGGGCCUCACCCUUCGUCUACCCUCUGUUUGCUCAGUAUUCUCCGCAGAAGCAGCCGCCAUCGCCAUAGCCAUAACCAAGAAACCUGAAGAUACUCCGGCUGUGAUUUUCUCCGAUUCCCUCUCUGUCAUCAAAGCACUGGAAUCGGGGGAGUCCAAGCACACCUACGUUCAAGCCAUAGAGCAAUCCUGCGACCCGUUUACUACCAUAUGCUGGGUUCCCGGCCACAGUGGAAUUCGCGGUAACGAAGAGGCUGACCCUUUGGCCGCUCUCGGCCGCCAUUCACGCGCUCGGUUUUCCAAAAAGGUCCCAUCGUCUGAUGUUAUUAGGGAAUUCAAGGCAAAAGUCUCCGAGCACUUUAUCGCCCACUGGAGGAAUCUACGAGGCUACCCACAGAAGGUUAAAAAAGACCUCGCGAAGUGGACAGACCGCGAAAACCGGAAGGAACAAAGAGCACUGUCGCGCCUACGAGUAGGACACACGAAGAUCACCCACACCCACACCAUCACCCGCGUCGAUGCCCCAAUGUGUCCGACCUGCAAUACAAGAAUCACGGUAGAGCACCUACUCCUUAACUGCCGAGAACUCGAAUACCUGCGGCGACUCCAUAAUCUGCCCUCCUCGAUUCAGGACACACUAUCGAACAACUCAGCACAGGAAGAGACACUACUCGCAUUCUUGAAAGAUGCCAAUAUUUUUGAAGCUAUCUAA